CACCCACCCGGACCCGCCCGCGCUCCUUUUUAUUCCCCUCUCUCGCUCGCAUCGCCGCAGCGCUUUCCGAUCGAGCUCAUUCUGCCUGCCCCCCGCCGCGUCUACGAGAGAGCAGGUGGGUAAGCGAGGCUGCCAGCGAGAGUGAGAGAACCGCAGGCCGCGCGACAAGAGGGGUUUUGAUCCGAGUCCGAUGGCCGGCGCCGGGGCGGACGGGGAGCGCCGGAUCGGCGUGGCGAUGGACUACUCGGACAGCUCCAAGAAGGCGCUGGGGUGGGCCGUCGACAACCUGCUCCGCCGCGGGGACACCCUCGUCGUCGUCCACGUCCUGCACCACGGCGGGGAGGAGACCAAGCACGCGCUCUGGGCCAAGUCCGGAUCCCCGCUGAUCCCCCUCUCCGAGUUCCGGGAGCCCGAGGUGAUGAAGAACUACGGCGUGAAGGCCGACGCCGAGGUGCUCGACAUGAUCGACACGGCGGCGCGCCAGAAGCAGCUCAAGGUGGUGGCCAAGCUGUACUGGGGCGACGCCAGGGAGAAGCUCUGCGACGGCGUCGAGGAGCUCAAGAUCGACUCCCUCGUCAUGGGCAGCCGCGGCCUCGGCCCGAUCGAGAGGAUCCUGCUGGGAAGUGUGACAAACUACGUGCUGUCGCACGCAUCGUGCCCUGUGACAGUUGUCAAGGGGAAGUAAGGACCGGGCCAGCCUACAGCGAUAUGAUUGAGGAUGGUAGCAUGCAGUUUGUGAGGGUUACUGCAUUCGAAUAAAGUGUGGCUUUUUAUUAUUUGUGAUGCUGCAGCUUCCAGAAACCCUGUCGAUCUCUAGUCUGUGAACGCUAGAUGCUAAUGUGCUCACCUGCGUGCAUCCCUUCUUAAUUAUUCAGAUCGAAUUUGAGGUUUUAUACCCUUUUGUUGGUCGUUCGUUA